AUGAAUUUAAAACGACGUAUUGAAGAUUCACCGCAGCCAGUGAAAAAAAUUUACAGAAAACAAAUAAUAUCAUUAUGUACAACGUCACCACAAAUGACACAAUAUACACCAAUGUUUCAUGAAAUGAAAAAUUCAUUAUAUAAAACAAGAAAUACAAGUUAUCCAUCUUCUCAACGUACAAUUGAUAAUGUUAAUAUUGAAGGAAUAUGA